AUGUCACUGCGUAUUUCGAAAGACGUCUCUGUCUCUGUGAAUACAGCUGAUUUGUUGCCCGAAGAUGAUGGAUUCGAUAGAGUUGAUGGUGAUAACCGUGGUUGGUUUAGUGUAUUUCUAGGACUCUUCAACACACAUCCUUCUGAUUGGAAUAUCGCUUUAAAUGAGGCUAUAGAGACUAUUGAUUGGGAUUCUAAGUCUAUUACAUUGGCUCAACCUUUGGGAAAUUUUUUUACUUUUGCAUUUUAUGUGGUCAGAUUACUUCAAUUGAGUUUGAUUAAGCCCAAUUUGAGUAGGAUUAAUGAGAAAACUGACCACUUUGAUCUUUCGAAAUCUGAGAUGUUGAAGAAAUAUGAGUAUUUGUACCAUUUCACCAAUGAUAAAAAUCAAUCCGUUGGGAACGUAUACUACAGGUUUUUGGGAAGGUUGGGAAAAUUUUUCGAUAUUUGUAUUGUGCUUCUCACAUUUACCAAUGGUUUCAUUACCUAUAAAUUUUUUUGGGGGAAUUUUAAGAUGUAUUGUCUAUUUUAUUUGAAAAAGGGACCUCAUCUGAGGAACGUUACUAAGGCUUCUUUACAAAAAUUGGGACAGGAUGAUGAUGAUGGAUCUCUAUGGUCCUCCCUACGGUAUUUUUGGAAUGGAACUAAGGAUAAAGAGGGGAGUACUGAUGAUAGGGAUGAUGACGAUGGUGAUAUACAUUAUAAAUUAUUCAAAUGGACACCUUCGCAAUUCAUAACCAUGCUUUUCGUCUCCUUUGCCCCUACGGCCGUCGUCUUUCUAUUGUUUACAGAAGUUUCAUUCCUUACUUUGAUCGCGGUGAUCGUCCAUCAGUGGGUUCUUCACCGUUUAGUAAUUGAUUGUUACGGCAACAGGCUUGUGCAUGAAUCCGUCAUUGCCAGCGCAAAUCUAGCUGAAGUAGAAGCUAAGUUUGUUAAACCUCGAAUGUCUAAAAAGGUUCAAGAUGUUGCUAUAGACUGCACACCCCAUGGUGAUGGAAUGGUUAAAUUUUAUCCUGCAUUGACUACAAACAGAUCUCACAUUUUCCAAACACAUUCUCUAACAGGAGAAUUGAUAACAGAAACCUUUAACCCAUCAACCAAAGAAUUUGAGGAUUUACAGACAGAGGGAACUACACACAAUGUGAUAAGGACAGCGCCCUAUGCUGCUGGGGAUUUACUUCACAGGGAUCCAUAUUGGUAUCAGAGAAAUAUGAUCAUGAGGGAUGUAGCGCAUCGUCCUUACUUUCACAGCAGAGAAGUAAGCCCGACGAGGUACCAUCCUUCGAGAAUAAGUCCCCGUCCUGGUCAAUAUUCGCCGUUAGUGUCAUCGACAUCUGGAAUGUCGACACCGUUAAUGAGACCUGAUAGAUCUCCAUUCCUAAACACAAGGCCUUCUUUAGGAGAACGGGAAGAAUUAUUCCACAGAGGCAAUUCUAGGAGUCCAUUACGACAACCCAUUGAGAACUUCAAAUCGUUGGAUCGAUCUUCUGAUUCUCAAAGCCCCAUAAGGAGGCAUAAUGGGGAUUCGGAUGCUUAA